CAGCCUCAGUCUGAUCGUUAAACAUCGAUUUUCUUGGCUUAACCGCGGAGGUUUUCCAGCUCUAUCAAUUUGACGGAGACCAACCCGGAAGUAACGACAACCAGCCAAUGAAAAUAAAGGCUCCGUUGUGACGCAAUAAGGGCGCGACGUAACUUCAGCGGGACUCUGUUUUAUUUUGAAGGAAGGAAACAGAUUCAGGUUUUCCCACGCGUGUUGCUUUGACACAGAUGUGAAAGUCUGUUUUGAGGGCAGAGAGUACAACACGCUCCCACUGACAACUUUGGUGUAAGGUUUGCAAGAGUCGCGUUUUUGGCUUCCCGGGUUGUUUUGUCGCUUUUUUUUUGCGCUGUUUUGUUUAUUUUUUUGCGUUUCCAUGUCUAAGUUGUAACUGCACCUCAGCUCGGACUAGCGGCUCGGUUCUGCUGUCAAACUGUCCGGGACAUGGAUCUGUUGCAUGGACUGCGAACGGACUGAAAAGUUUGGAGUUUUUCCCAUAACAUCCCCCCCAAUACUUUUUUUUUUUACUUUUGCUUCUUUUACAGCAACUUUUCUUGUAUUUCCUCCUUGUUAACUUAUAAGCUAAGGACAUGCAGAAGUUCAACUCCACCGGCAGCCACAGCAACACGCUGCCCCGGGACGGAGACCUCCAGCUGCGGUUAGCUGACAGCGGAGGAUCCGGAGAAGGAAAGGAGAACGGAGCUGGAAAACAUUUCCUCCCCAAACCUGAGGAGGAGAGUUCGUUUUGUACCAAGAGGAAGAUGCUAGUCGGUUUGGAUGUAAUUUGUCUGUGCGUCGCCUCCAUCCCAUUUUUUGCGUGUGAACUGAAGGCAGUGACUCCGUACAGGCGAGGCUUCUUCUGCGGAGACUCCAGUAUCACCUACCCUUAUGUGGAGAGAGAGGCCAUUCCCGACAGCCUGCUUAUCGCUGGUGGCAUAGCCAUCACCGGCAUAGCGAUUGCACUGGGUGAAUGUUACAGGGUGCGUUUCCGAGGCGUGCAUUCCCGGGCUUUUGUUCGAAACCGCUAUGUGUCAUGCCUGUACAAGGAGCUGGGAAGCUUCCUGUUCGGCUGCUGCGUAGGGCAGUCUCUCACCAAUAUGGCCAAGCUCAGCGUGGGACGCCUCCGACCCAACUUCCUGUCUGUGUGUAACAUCACCUACGCUUCCAUCAAUUGCACUCCGGGCAGCUACAUAGCCCACCCCACCUGCAAGCAGCCUAAUGAGAAACUGGUGGAGGAAGCAAGGAAGUCCUUUUUCUCCGGUCAUGCUUCCUUUGCCAUGUACACCAUGCUCUAUCUGGCGUUCUAUUUACAAGCACGGUUUUCGUGGCGAGGAGCUCGACUUUUACGGCCGCUACUACAGUUCCUGUUAGUGAUGAUCGCCAUCUACACGGGCCUGAGCCGCAUCUCCGACUACCGCCACCACCCCACCGACGUCCUCACCGGCUUCAUCCAAGGAGGGCUCACCGCGUACUGGGUGGCCUUCUACAUCUCCUCCAUGUUUAAGCCUUGCGCCCGUCCAGACCUGUCUCCCACUUGCAUUUCUUUGGAGAGUCCGCUGUCCAGCCAGCAAACGGUCUGUUAGCAGCCGACGUACAAUCUGUCCAGGAAUCAGCAGAAAAACAGGAGACGGACUACAGAAAGGAGACGGACUACAGAAAGACUAUGAGAAUGUCAGACGGCGCAGGUAAAGAGGCCCAGCAGACAGGGAGACUUUAGUUUUUAAGAAAGGGAAUCACUCUUAAGAGAAGGAUACAGAGUACAAUCUAAACACGAGCUUGCUUUUCAGACACAUUCACACACAGGAAACCUAACGACCACACACUCAACACACGUGAAACGCAAGAAGCACAUUUGACUGUAAGUCAAACCCGUCCAGUGAAAAGAACUGCAUAGCUAUAUUACAGAUAUUUUUUAUAUAUGAAAACAUAAAUGUCUAUUUUAAGAGGAUUUUUUUUUUUUUUUUAGAAGCUGCUAAUGUAGAUAAGUUAGAACCUGUUUUCUUCUGCCGUGGAGGUCAGUGCGUUCGGUUAGCUUUCAAAGCACAGCUCAUCUUUUUCCUCGGGUUUUUUUUUUUUUUUUUUUUCUUUGUUAAAGAGAAGAGAGAGGACACCAGCCUCAUCUUGGAAACCUCAACCAGCAGCUCCCAUCAUGCCUCACGUUUAAGGACACUGACAGAACAGGCAAUAAUAAGGAAAAAAAAAAAAAGCACUGUCCUCAUGUUGUAUCCACCUUCUCCUCCAUAGGCCUGGUGUGC